AUGCACCGGGGCCGAGCCGCUCUGAGCCGAGCCAGACACCCACAGCCUGUUGGAGUCCAGGGACACGCAUCAGGGACACGCAUCAGGGACACGCAUCAGGGACACGCAUCAGGGACACGCAUCAGGGACACGCAUCAGGGACACGCAUCAGGGACACGCAUCAGGGACACGCAUCAGGGACACGCAUCAGGGACACGCAUCAGGGACACGCAUCAGGGACAAUCAUCAGGGACAAUCAUCAGGGACACGCAUCAGGGACACGCAUCAGGGACACUAAUCAGGGACACUAAUCAGGGACACGCAUCAGGGACACGCAUCAGGGACACGCAUCAGGGACACGCAUCAGGGACACGCAUCAGGGACACGCAUCAGGGACACGCAUCAGGGACAAUCAUCAGGGACACGCAUCAGGGACACGCAUCAGGGACACGCAUCAGGGACAAUCAUCAGGGACACGCAUCAGGGACACUAAUCAGGGACACGCAUCAGGGACACGCAUCAGGGACACGCAUCAGGGACACGCAUCUGGGACAAUCAUCAGGGACACGCAUCAGGGACAAUCAUCAGGGACACGCAUCAGGGACACGCAUCAGGGACACUAAUCAGGGACACGCAUCAGGGACACGCAUCAGGGACACGCAUCAGGGACACGCAUCAGGGACAAUCAUCAGGGACACGCAUCAGGGACACGCAUCAGGGACACGCAUCAGGGACACGCAUCAGGGACAAUCAUCAGGGACACGCAUCAGGGACACUAAUCAGGGACACGCAUCAGGGACACGCAUCAGGGACAAUCAUCAGGGACACGCAUCAGGGACAAUCAUCAGGGACACGCAUCAGGGACACGCAUCAGGGACACGCAUCAGGGACAAUCAUCAGGGACACGCAUCAGGGACAAUCAUCAGGGACAAUCAUCAGGGACACGCAUCAGGGACAAUCAUCAGGGACACGCAUCAGGGACAAUCAUCAGGGACAAUCAUCAGGGACACGCAUCAGGGACACGCAUCAGGGACACGCAUCAGGGACACGCAUCAGGGACACGCAUCAGGGACACGCAUCAGGGACACGCAUCAGGGCCACGCAUCAGGGCCACGCAUCAGGGACAUACAUCAGGGACAUUCUACUCCGGAAAUUAACAGUUUACAGCUGUUGCUUUCGCUCACUCUCUCGUCUCUAUAA